GCUAUUGCUCACCCGUCAAGCUUUUGUUCGAGCUGACCAGUGGUGCCUGUCUGGAGUUCUGAAUAGGAUCAAAUCCUGCAACCAAGCACACACAAGCAUGCACAAGCACGCAGGAGCGCACAGCUGAACUCACCCCGACACCAGGGCUGCUGCGGGGUGUCUCGUCUCUCUCAAAUUCUCUCUCCAGAGCUUUGGGGGUCUGGUUUCCCCCCAGCCCAGCCACCUGUAUGAAGUUCUUGGUGCUGCUUGUUUGCAACCUCCUGGCGUGGAGAGUGGGUGAGACACGUUCAGAUCCUCCAGAGAAGUUUUCCACGCUGGCUCCAGGAGCUCUCAGCAUGAAGGAGACCUUCCUGGUGCUCUCACUGCACAACAAGCUGAGGAGCAAAGUGCAGCCCCCUGCCGCCAACAUGCAGAAACUGGAGUGGAGUGAGGAGCUGGGGCGGCUGGCAGGGGCACGGGCAGCCAGCUGCCUGGAGACCCCCGCUGACCCACGAGCCCUGCAGCUGGGCUGGAGCGAGGCCCUGCUGCCGGCGGGUGGUGGGGGCUUCGCAGCUGUGCUGGAGCGCUGGUUUGCCGAGGGCCGACGCUACGACUACAGGACAGGGCGCUGCGCUGGCAAUGCCACCUGUCACCAUUACACCCAGCUGGUGUGGGCCACAGCGGGACAGCUGGGCUGCGGCCGGCACCUCUGCCCUAGCAGCCACGGCACCAGCGAGGCCUUCAGCUGUGCCUACUCCCCGGGGGGCAACUGGGAAGUGGCGGGAAUGCCUGUCCUGCCCUACAAGCAGGGACCCUGGUGCUCCCUCUGCACCGCUGACCUCUCCGGCUGCUUCAAGUCCUGGGACCAUAGCGGCGGGCUCUGCGGUGAGUCCCUGCAGUCCCCCAACCCCUGCAUGGCCACUGGCCGUGCUGCAGCCCUCGAUGCCUGCGCUGCCUCUCUGCUGUGUCCAGAGGUGCCCAGGAAUCCCUGUCGCAUGAGCUGCAGGAACAGCGGGAGCCUUGACAUGAGCAGCUGCCAGUGCAUCUGUCCCCCCGGCUACACGGGCCGCUACUGCCAAGUGAGGUGCAGCGGGCAGUGCCUGCAUGGGAAGUUCAAGAAGGAGGAGUGCUCCUGCCUCUGCGAUGUGGGCUACGGCGGCGCCGAGUGCGGCAUGAAGAUUCAGUUUCCCUUCCACGUCUGCGACGUGCAGAUAGACGGUGACUGCUUCAUGGUGUCCCCUGAGGCCGAUACCUACUACAGAGCAAAAAUAAAGUGCCAGGAGAAAGGUGCAAUGCUGGCCCAGAUCAGAACCCAGAAAGUCCAGGACAUCCUGUCUUUCUACCUCAGCCGUUUGGAGACCAGCAAUAGGGUCACAGACACCGAUUUUGAGACUGGGAACUUCUGGAUCGGUCUCACCUACAAGGCAUCCAAGGCUUCCUUCCGCUGGGAUGUGGGUGAGCCAUCCUCCUUCACUAGCUUCGCCUUUGGGCAACCGGACAAUCAGGGGUUCGGGAACUGCGUGGAAAUGCAGGCGUCAGCUGCCUUCAACUGGAAUGACCAGCGCUGCAAGACCCGAAACCGGUACAUUUGCCAGUUUGCCCAGGAGCACAUCUCCCUGUGGCAGCAGGACCCCUGAGCUGGCAGCCCCAGGCACCGGCCAGCGCUGGCUGCUGUGCUGUCUGUGACUCGGAGGACCCCACUGCUGUGCUAAGCCUGGACCCUGGCUCAGGAGGACCUCACUGCCAUGCUAAGCCUGGACCAUCAAGAGAACCCCUCCCAGCUCUACCACGCAGGUUAUGGGGGGCUGAGGGGACCCAUAGACCCCUUGAGAGGGGCACACGCUUUACAUCAGCAUCCUCAAACAGUGUCUUCUUCUGCCCCUCACCUUCCCUUGUUACCAUUCCUCUGUGACAGCCUUCAGGGCAGGGAGAUAGCCCUGCCACAGCCGAGUCCAACAGCAUUCUCCUAAACUGGCAGCUGGACUGUGUUGUUGCCUCGACCCGUGUGGGAACUCGCCAUCUGGCACCAUGGAUUCCUCACCAUCACCUGGUCCG